AUGGAGGCCAGCGCUGGUUUGGUUGCAGGCUCUCACAAUAGGAAUGAGUUGGUGGUCAUAAGACGGGAAGGCGAAUCUGGACCAAGGCCCUUGCAGCAGUUGAGCGGCCAAAUUUGCCAGAUUUGUGGUGAUGAUGUUGGUUUAACAGCGGACGGCGAGCUCUUUGUGGCCUGCAAUGAGUGUGCCUUCCCAGUUUGUAGAACUUGCUAUGAAUAUGAACGCAGAGAAGGAAACCAAGUGUGCCCUCAAUGCAAGACCAGGUUCAGACGCCUCAAAGGGAGUGCAAGAGUAGCAGGUGAUGAGGAGGAAGAGGAUGUGGAUGAUCUCGAAAAUGAGUUCAAUUUCGGGGACAGGGACAAUCAGGAUAUGCAAUAUCUCGCAGAGGCCAUGCUUCAAGGUCAUAUGAGCUAUGGCAGGGCUGGAGAUGCUGACAUGCCUCAAGUUGUACACACGUUGCCUCAAGUUCCGUUGCUCACCAAUGGCCAGAUGGUUGAUGAUAUCCCACCUGAACAACAUGCCUUGGUACCUUCAUUCAUGGGUGGAGGGGGCAAAAGAAUCCACCCACUUCCCUUUGCUGAUCCCAAUCUUCCUGUGCAACCCAGAUCAAUGGAUCCUUCCAAGGACCUGGCUGCUUAUGGUUAUGGAAGUGUGGCUUGGAAAGAAAGGGUGGAGAAUUGGAAACAUAAACAGGAGAAGUUGCAGGUAAUGAGGAAUGAAAAUGGAGGCAAGGAAUGGGAUCCUGAUGGCAAUGGACCUGAUGGACCUGAUCUACCCUUAAUGGAUGAAGCUCGGCAACCAUUGUCAAGGAAAUUACCCAUCCCUUCGAGCCAAAUAAAUCCAUACAGGAUGAUAAUCAUAAUUCGGCUCGUGGUUCUCGGGUUCUUCUUCCACUACCGUCUGAUGCACCCCGUUCAAGAUGCUUAUGCUCUAUGGCUGAUUUCUGUCAUUUGUGAAGUUUGGUUUGCUGUAUCUUGGAUUCUUGAUCAGUUCCCAAAGUGGCUCCCAAUUGACCGAGAAACUUACCUUGAUAGACUGUCUUUAAGGUAUGAGAAAGAGGGCCGUCCUUCUCAACUAUCGCCCAUUGAUAUAUAUGUGAGUACUGUGGAUCCGUUGAAGGAGCCACCUUUGGUCACAGCAAACACCGUUCUUUCAAUUCUUGCUGUGGACUAUCCAGUGGACAAGGUCUCGUGCUAUGUCUCUGAUGAUGGUGCAGCCAUGCUCACUUUUGAGGCAUUAUCAGAAACAUCGGAAUUCGCAAGAAAAUGGGUCCCUUUCUGCAAGAAGUUCAAUAUUGAGCCAAGGGCACCGGAGUGGUACUUUGCGCAAAAGAUUGAUUAUCUCAAAGACAAAGUUCUGCCAUCUUUUGUCAAAGAGCGUCGGGCAAUGAAGAGAGAGUAUGAGGAAUUCAAGGUUCGUAUCAAUGCCUUGGUUGCAAAGGCCCAAAAGGUUCCCGAGGAAGGAUGGACAAUGCAGGAUGGAACUCCUUGGCCUGGAAAUAAUGUUCGUGAUCAUCCAGGGAUGAUUCAGGUGUUUCUAGGCCAGAGUGGUGGGCAUGACACUGAGGGAAACGAACUACCACGUCUGGUCUAUGUCUCCAGAGAGAAAAGACCAGGAUUUAAUCACCACAAAAAGGCCGGAGCCAUGAAUGCUCUGGUUAGAGUAUCAGCAGUGCUCACAAAUGCACCUUAUCUCUUGAACUUGGAUUGUGAUCACUACAUCAACAACAGUAAGGCUCUCCGUGAGGCUAUGUGCUUUAUGAUGGAUCCGCUGUUGGGGAAGAAGGUGUGCUAUGUCCAGUUUCCACAGAGGUUUGAUGGAAUUGAUCGGCAUGAUCGAUAUGCUAACCGCAACACUGUCUUCUUUGAUAUUAACAUGAAAGGUCUGGACGGAAUUCAAGGACCUAUCUAUGUUGGUACUGGAUGCGUGUUUAGAAGGCAGUCACUCUAUGGAUAUGAUGCUCCAAAGAGCAAGAAGCCACCCACUAGGACCUGCAAUUGCUGGCCUAAGUGGUGUUGCUGUGGGUGUUGCUGUUCAGGGAGGAAGAAGAAGAGGCUCAACAAGCCAAAGCAAGACAAGAAAAAGAAGAAUUCUAGGAGGGGUGAUGCAGGGCAGCCAAUGUUCAGCACUCUGGAGGGUAUAGAAGAGGGAAUUGAAGGUAUUGAGUGUGAGAAGUCAACCCUAAUGUCUGAGCAUAAGUUGGAGAAGAAGUUUGGGCAGUCUCCGGUAUUUGUUGCAUCGACUCUUCUUGAGAAUGGUGGAGUGCUAAAAGGUGCUAGUCCCGCUUCCCUGCUGAAAGAAGCCAUACAUGUCAUCAGCUGUGGUUAUGAAGACAAGACAGACUGGGGUAAAGAGGUUGGGUGGAUCUAUGGUUCAGUUACAGAAGAUAUCUUGACGGGUUUUAAGAUGCACUGUCAUGGUUGGAGAUCCAUAUACUGUAUCCCAAAUAGGCCAGCCUUUAAGGGAUCUGCUCCCAUCAAUCUAUCAGAUCGUCUAAACCAAGUCCUUCGAUGGGCUCUUGGUUCAGUUGAAAUUUUCUUGAGUAGACACUGCCCUCUUUGGUAUGGCUAUGGAGGUGGUCUCAAAUGGCUGGAGAGGCUAUCCUACAUUGGUGCUACUGUAUAUCCAUGGACAUCAAUCCCUCUUCUUGCUUACUGCACACUUCCUGCUGUGUGCUUACUCACAGGAAAAUUCAUCACACCAGAGCUUAGCAAUGUUGCUAGCUUGUGGUUUUUGUCUCUUUUCAUCUGCAUUUUCGCCACAAGCAUCCUCGAAAUGAGAUGGAGUGGUGUUGGGAUUGAUGACUGGUGGAGAAAUGAGCAGUUCUGGGUUAUUGGGGGUGUCUCAGCUCAUCUAUUUGCAGUGUUCCAGGGUUUGCUCAAGGUCCUUGCAGGUAUAGAUACCAACUUUACUGUGACAUCAAAGGCUGGGGAUGAUUCAGAAUUCUCAGAACUAUAUGCAUUCAAAUGGACCACCUUAUUGAUUCCCCCCACAACUCUCCUCAUAAUAAACCUUAUCGGUGUGGUUGCUGGUAUCUCCAAUGCUAUCAAUAAUGGCUAUGAGUCUUGGGGUCCUCUCUUUGGUAAACUCUUCUUUGCCUUUUGGGUGAUUGUCCAUCUCUACCCUUUCCUAAAGGGUCUUCUUGGCCGCCAAAACAGGACUCCCACGAUCAUUAUAGUGUGGUCGAUCCUUCUGGCCUCCAUUUUCUCUCUCCUAUGGGUUCGUAUAGACCCCUUCUUAAGCAGGUCAGAUGGCCCGGUAUUGGAAGAAUGUGGGUUAGACUGUAACUGAUCUGGCGAGCUCUCUUUUGGAUUUUCCAAAUUGAUGAGAGCUUCCCUUACAAAUUAUGGUACCACGUGUGAGAUAAAGCAAGGGUUAUUAUGAUGGUGGCUGUGAUGGAUUCUGCAAUCUGUAGAUAGAGGGGCAGGCUCUGUAGCAUUCUUUUUCAGGUCCAGUUCGCAGUGGUUCUCUUUCUGAUUUUUAAUGGAGAAGCUCAUUUUAGGGGGAGAGAGAUAGCGAGACACGAAAGAACUACGAGGCUCACUGUGUGUAGUUUUAUUCAGGAAGAAGAUGGUCUGGCCCCUCAGAAGUGUUCCUUAAUUCUUUAUUCAGGCAAGAGAUAGAAGGUUCAACAUUGUUCAUGUAUUAUUGCUGUUGAUCUUUUAUAUUGAUUUUCUUCACAAUAAGGGCAAGGUCUUGCCUGCUGUGACACAUGGCCAUUAUUGGAUGUGUUUGAUCAGUGUGGGAGGGAAGUGUAUCCUGCUGAUUUUGUUACUGGGUUUUUUGUGCUUAUUAUUAUUAUUAUUAUUAUUCCUCUGCUAUUUUUAGCUAAGGUUUGGCCAUAAGGCUGAAAAAGAUCAGAGAAAGUUUUGUGUUGAAUUGGGGGUGGUGGUUUCCUGGUUAUUUGGCAAUGGAUCCCCAUCAAAUCCUUAGUUUGUCUGUAAUAAGAUGUUCUCAUUGUUUCAGGAACCUGUGUGUAUGGAUGUCUCUGUAUGUUUCAGUUGAACUGAUGAACUCUUUA